AUGUCGACUGAUUUCAGAGAAUUCAACAUAAACAUCACCUGCGCCGAAGGCCAAAAAGGCGUUCUCAGUUUCGUCAAUUUUUUCCAGAAAACCAAAGUUUACGCGGCCGUCUCCGUCGUCGGAGGCGAGCCGGCCGUCCAAUUUACGCCGCUCGCUAAUUACUUCGGCGACAAUCCGGUCUGGAAUUUUCCGAUGAGAUUCUGUUUGGAGGAAUCGGAGCUGCAGCAGGAUGCCCUAACUCUGAGGAUUGAACUCCGCAGGAAACGAAUUUUUGGAGGAGACGAAGCCAUUGCCGAAGCUUUCGUUCGGCUCGGAAAUCUUUUGAAUUGUAAUGAUUCGAAUUUGAAUUUUAUGGAUCAAAUUUGCGGUUUCUCGUGGCUUCUCUCGCCGGCCGGCGGCCGCCGCGGCAUUUUGUAUUUUUCGUAUUGCUUUGGCCGGACGAUUCGUGCCACUGAACGGAGUGACGGCGGAGGCGUCGUCGCUCCGCCGUGUUCGUAG